AUGAUGAAUGUAGCUCGUAUGUUUCAAACUGUAGUUGCAUUCCUUGGUGAAGGCCGCGCUUGGCUUCCUCUCGACGCAACAGGAGCGACGUGCGCGCAACGCCUCUCAGUGAAAGAAGUAGCCGGUGCAGUUCCGGUGGCGCUGGUUGCACUCGGUCAGUGGGUCAGUCCCACUUGGCGCGAGCGGUGGGGUGGCAUAUGCACGGAGGGGGGAAUAGAAGGUGUAGCUGUUGCGGCACCACCAGUGCGUCGGACACAGUCGUCGCCGUUACGUCUGGUGUGGCCGCGCCGCCGCGCCAUUAACACCCAUGCCCUGUAUUACAGGUGA